AUGCCAUUGGUUUCUACAAGUAAAAAACCGAAAGGUGAAAUAUGCUUGUAUUACUCUCCUACAAAUGGUAAUGUCAAUCAGUUUGUUUGCAACUUUUGUAAAAGUGCUACUUUUUAUCGAAAUGCUACUAGAAUGAAACAUCAUUUAUGUAACUGCCUAAAAUGUCCUAAAGAACUUCGUCAAAAAUUAAAAAAAAAAAAAAUUAACACACCAUGGAAUGCAAGUGCUACAUUAUCAUCAUCACCAACACCAACAAAUAAAAGUGAUCAAAGUACUUCUGAAACUACUACUAGUACCAGUAUUGAUAACAUUUACAAUUCAGAAGAAGAAGAUGGCAAUUUAAUUUAUAGAGAAACAGGAUCACAUAAUUUGCCAAAAACAGUUGAAGAAGAAGUAAUUGUUAGUCAAUCUACUCCUAAAAAAAUAUACCAGCCACUAUUAAAAGGAUUCAUUGAUAAAAUGACCAACACUGAGCAGGAGCAUUUAGAAGCGUUGCUAGCAAGAGCAAUCUAUGCAUCUGGAAGUCCUUUAUCCAUACUAGAAAAUCCUUAUUGGAAAAAUUUCUUCAAAACUAUCCGACCAAGUUUUAUAGUUCCAUCUAGGAAUGAAGGAGUGAUAAAUAUAAUUAUAACAAUACCAGAACCAGUUUUUAUAAAAUCUAUUGACACAGAAGACCACAGACAUACAGGUGAACACAUGUGUAAAAUUAUGGAAGAAAUUAUUGAAAAAUAUGGAGCACUCAAGUUUUUUACUGUCACCACAGAUAAUGCAAAAAAUAUGCGAAAGGCUUGUAAACUACUUGAACAAAAAUAUCCACAUCUUUCUUCUUAUGGAUGUCUUGCUCAUACGCUUAACCUAAUGAUUGGAGACAUUCGCAAAUUAGUUUCUGUCAAAAAAUAUAUUGAUGAUGUUUGUGAAAUUAUUAAAACUAUUCGUGGACAUACUGUUCUACUGUCAAAGUUUACUAAAAUCGGAAAAGAAAACAACAUUAUAACAACAUUAAAACUACCUGUAAUUACACGAUGGGGUUCAGUUGUCUUAAGUCUUAAAAGUAUGUUACAAUGUAAAACCAUUUUACGCAUUAUAGCCGUAAGUGAAGAUGUUGGUCAAUUACCUGAACCUAUGAAAAGAAAGUUAAGAGAUGAUAUAUUUUGGGUUAAAAUUUUAAAACUGACUAACCUACUUGAAUCGAUUCUACAUGAAAUUUCUAAAUCAUUUAAUGAUAACUUACCAGAGGCACCCAUUUCAAAAAUAGACCAAGAAAAAAUAAUUGAAGUAUUUGAACAUAGGAGAAAGUUUGCACUAAAACCUAUACACUUAGCUGCUGAUAUAUUAAAUUGUGGUUCAAUUGGAUCAAAUAUUACUGAUCAGGAACAAGUGGAAGCCAUGCAAUUUAUUUGUAAAGUUGCAGAAGAUUUAAACUACAGCCAAGGUGAGAUUUCUGCUAUUUUAAUUGAUUUAGCAAAAUAUCGAGCUAAAGAGGGUCUGUGGCAAAAUAGCUUUAUAUGGAUUUCUGCUAAAGAUAUAGAACCUGCAUUAUGGUGGAAAGGCAUUUGUGGAUCAUCAUGUCUGUCUAGUAUAGCUCACCGUAUACUUUCAAAUCCAGCGACUAGUGCUGCUACUGAACGCUCAUUUAGCACUCAAGGUUUUAUUCAUAGCAAACGUAGAAAUAGAUUACUAAAUUCCAGGAUAGAUAAACUCACAUUUGUUAAACAAAAUUUAAAAUUUUGUAGUGAUGUGCAUGUAAAAGUUGACUCCAAAAACGUCGAUAAUUUAAGUGUAAAUGUAGAUACACUGAAUCAGACCAAUUAUGAAACAGAAAUUAUUGAAGUUGAACAAACAACAAGAGCUGAACAAAUAAAUGAAACUAGAAGUAAUGAGGAGUCUUCACUUGAAGAGGAAGAUAUUAUAAAUCUCUUGGAAGGAAAUGAAGAUGUUUCAACUUCAGAUUCUGAUUUUUGA